GCAGAACUCAACAGUAAACACUGCCUCUCCCUCCCCAAUGGAGGCCACUAGCAGCACCCUCGCGCUCUCCUUGUCCCCCGCCGCCACCCGCCGCUCGCCGGUGAAGCCGGCCGUCGCGUCCCUCCGCCUCCGCCGCUUCUCUGCUAGCUCCUCCCUCGACCUCCGCGCAGCCCGAAGUCCAGCGCUUCGCGCCUACUCCUCGCCGCUCCCGGGAUGGAGGAGGCGGAGGAGGGCGGGCGGGCUGGUGGUACGGGCGGAGAUGUUCGGGCAGCUCACCACCGGCCUCGAGUCCGCCUGGAACAAGCUGCGCGGCGUUGAUGUAUUGACAAAGGAAAACAUCGCUGAACCAAUGCGGGAUAUUAGAAGAGCACUUUUAGAGGCGGAUGUAAGUUUGCCAGUAGUCAGAAGAUUUAUUGAGUCUGUAAGUGAAAAGGUUGUAGGAACUGACGUCAUCCGAGGUGUCCGACCUGACCAGCAGCUGGUGAAGGUUGUGAAUGAUGAACUUGUACAACUGAUGGGCGGGGAGGUAUCAGAUUUGGUAUUUGCAAAAUCUGGCCCAACAGUUAUCUUGUUGGCAGGUUUGCAAGGUGUUGGGAAGACUACCGUUUGUGCAAAGCUUGCCUUCUAUCUAAAAAAAAUGGGGAAGAGUUGUAUGCUGAUUGCUGCAGAUGUUUACAGGCCUGCUGCUAUUGAUCAAUUGACUAUUCUGGGUAAAAAGGUUGGUGUACCAGUGUACUCAGAAGGAACUGAAGCAAAACCUUCACAAAUAGCGAAGAACGGUUUAAAAGAGGCAAAAGGCAAGAAGACUGACGUAAUUAUAGUGGACACUGCUGGAAGACUGCAGGUAGAUAAAGCAAUGAUGAAUGAGUUGAAAGAAGUAAAAAAGGCAAUGAAUCCUACAGAAGUUCUGCUUGUGGUUGAUGCCAUGACUGGCCAAGAAGCUGCAGGAUUGGUCAGCUCCUUCAAUGAUGAGAUUGGUAUAACUGGUGCUAUACUGACAAAACUGGAUGGUGACUCUAGAGGUGGAGCAGCACUGAGUGUUAAAGAGGUUUCUGGAAAGCCCAUCAAGUUCGUAGGGCAAGGAGAACGUAUCGAAGAUCUUGAGCCUUUCUAUCCAGAUCGUAUGGCACAGCGUAUCCUGGGAAUGGGAGAUGUACUUUCAUUUGUUGAAAAAGCACAAGAAGUAAUGCGUCAAGAAGAUGCUGAGGAAUUACAGAAAAAGAUCUUAAGCGCAAAAUUUAACUUCAAUGACUUCCUAAAGCAAACACAAAUGAUCGCACAAAUGGGUUCGUUCAGUCGUUUAAUUGGCAUGAUUCCGGGCAUGAACAAGGUUACCCCUGCACAAAUUCGUGAAGCUGAGAAGAAUCUCAAGUUUAUGGAGUCAAUGAUCAAUGUAAUGACUCCUGAGGAAAGGGAAAGACCAGAGUUACUGGCUGAAUCACGCGAGAGAAGGAGAAGAGUGGCUAAGGACUCAGGAAAGACCGAACAGCAGGUGAGCCAAUUAGUUGCGCAGCUUUUCCAAAUGCGUGCCCGAAUGCAGAAAAUGAUGGGUGCAAUGCAAGGUAAAGACUCCCCUGAUAUGGAUGAGCUCAUGGAGUCAAUGAAGGCCGAGGAGCAGGCUGCUGCCGGCACUGGACGGCGCAGAAGGAAGUAUAGCAAACUGAGGCAGCGGGACCUGGAUGCGAUGCGUGGUUUCCGUCGACGGUGAGAUGUUCAUUGGCGACUGGACCCAUGCAAACCUUCUAUGUGCAGAGGAACUAGUUACAGGGAUCAUCGUGUAGUAUCUUUUACUGGCAUUUUUGGCCGUUGAUUUGUCAUCUGUGAUCUCUGGCUUCAACUUGCAAUUGUUAGCUUAAACCUGCUCUGUGCAUCGGUCAUUAGGUGUAUAUUUUCUGUAAGAAUCCCAAUGAAACAGGAGCAUUCUGCUUUCUUCAGAAAUUAUAUGGUUUGCUAUGUGAUUUGAUGAGUUCCUUCCGUGGAGUCUCAUUUCCUGAA